AUGGGAGAGAUUAAAUACAAAAGAGCUCGUGAUGCGGUACAUGGAGAAGUGACUGCUACUGCUGCUGCUGCUGGUGAUGAUGGGAAAUCGAUCUUUGGUGGAAUUGUGAAUGCGUUUAUCACUACGUUCACUAGAGAGGCUAAUGGAGGCGUUGGAAGGUUGUCGUUGGCAAAAGAGAACGUUUCAACGGGGGUAAUUUCGUCCGAUUUGGUUAAAUCGUUGGGUGAUUUGGACGAGAGGGUGAAGGGCUUGGCAUCGUCGUGGAGGGAAGUGAGAGUUGCUAUAAGGCAUCAGGGGGAAGCCAUUGAGAGAAUUGGAGGCCUCUCGGAAGUUUAUUCGGAAAAGCUCAAAACGGCGGGCAGGAGGAUACGUAUGUUGGACGCGACUGAGGCUAACGUGUUGCAAAGUCGUUGGGAAGAUCUCGAGAUGUGA